AUGUCGUCCAAAGAUAAGAUGAUUGGAUUAACUCGUCAAUUAGCAAGAACCUCAUAUCGUCAAUACGCCACCACAACUGCCACUUCCAGUCCUAAGAAAAUCGGUGCUUUCAGAGGAGGAUUUGUUGGUUUCUUACUUGGGGUAACUGCUACUGGUGCUGCUUCAUAUUAUUAUUUAUUAGAUCAAUAUAAAUUAGCUAAUAAUACCGUUGUGGCUGAUAUUGUUGCUUUACAAGCUUCCAUUAGUAAAUUGGAAAAACAUAUCAAUUCUUUAGAUGAUUCCAAAAAGUAAGUAAUUAGAUCGACUUAUCAUAAUUAAUUAUCCCCAAGAUUCUCCGGGAAAAUACUUUGUAUCAUAGUAUAUUAUCAUUCAAGAAUGAAUGAUAAAGCUAAUUAGAAACUAUUAGUUUAUUAAACAGAUGCCGAUAAUCCAUUACCAAAAAUUAUAUAUACAAAAUUUAUGUGUCUCUAUAUAGGUACUAUAUAUAUGUAUUAAUGCAAAAAAAAG